AUGGAUUCAGCAACCUCAUGUUCACAUAAUAAUUCUUCCCUAUCCUUGGAAAACUCAGAUAAGUCAGUUUCCGAGCUUUUGUCGUCAUAUUAUGACAUUUUGGAGGAUUUGCCCGAGUCCUCUCCAUUGGAAGGUACCAAAAGUGUACAUAAACUUAAAAGAUCAGUUUCCAUUCUAAAUAAAGAGUUUUUAUCGCAUUCAUUUGAUGUUGAUUAUCACCUGGACCAAAUCCUGAGGAACAAUUCCAUCUCUGAUACUAUAGGCCUGCUCAGAAAAUUGGAGAGGGAGAUUAGACAGCUAACAGCAGGUAAACAGCUCCUAAUUUACGACAACUAUGAGUGCCUUUUCUCAGCGCUUGAUACUGUCCAUGACAUAAAUAACGAGCUGGACCAAGUGGAAAAUAACCUUAAAAUACUAAAUACCUCCCAAGUUAAAGCAGCCUCAAAGGAUAUUACUUCUAGAUAUGGUAUAAGGGAUAGUUUCUUGAACAUUUCUCAGUUAUCGAAGGCUGGAAACGUGUUCAUGUUCCUUUCGAAUCUGUGUAACACACUAGUGUCGUUCAACACCUCGAAAGGACUAUUCUACUCAUCCUCAGAAGAAACCUCAAACUUUGUAAAAUAUUCAACCAAAGAUGUACUAUACUUUUGCUCAACAGUGUAUCAAGUUUUUAAACAAUUUGACCAGAACUAUAACUUUCUGUUUUCAAGUUAUUACCCAAUUCUCACAAACUUAAUCUCCAGGAAUGUAAGUUUGCUGUUAGGCAAUCAGGAACCUUUGUAUUCAGACGCACUGGUUGAUACGUGUAAAUUUCUCCAAAAACUCUCAUUUAACCCUAUCCAGUUAUCGGAAUUUUACUUUUUGAAAAUGUCCUCGUAUCUGGAAAGUAAAAUAAGAAAUCUCUUCAUAAACUACGGAAAUAGUGAUCUGUCAUACAGUUCAUUGUGUAAAGAAGUAUAUGACUCCCUUUUCCUAGUCUAUGACUCAGUUUCAAAUGAGAAUUUCAAGGCUCUUUUCAACUCGCUAGAUUUGACAGGUGAAAGAGAAAACAUGUGUUUUUACUGUUUUGACAAUUUUGAAGUUAAAUACGAAUACGAUUCUCAAAGUAAACUAUUUUCAUCAUUCAUAUUAAGUUCAAAUAGUUGUUCGUGUUGUUCAGAUGAUCUGUUGGUUCAGUUUCUUAUGCACUAUACACACAGCUCGUUCUUCCCACUGACAUAUUCUAUCACAAGCUAUAAGUUCAACCUUAAAACUAGAGACGUUGUUUCAGGAUUAACUGUACUUUUUGAAAGACUGACACAGCUUAAAAUUGAGGAUAAAUACCAAGUUCUGUUCCUGGAACAAUGUACUACCUGGCUGAUGGUAGUCACUGUGUUGUACGUCCAGUACUUAUUUUUUAAGCUGUACGAGUCUGUCAUUUCAAAGCUGGUUUCGUUCCUAAACGGAUCAUACAAUUCAGAUUUUAACUAUGUCGUAUCAACUUUUGAGAAGUUGGUGGAAGAGCUCAGAGAACUCGCGCACUUUGUAAAGGACUUGGGCAUAUUUUUGAGAAAUAAAUUUGAACAAGUUUUCAACUCACUCAUCGUAGUGUACCAUUGCGGAAUCAAAUAUAUUUGUGAGUUAGUGUUUGAUAACUUGGUUAACUUAAAAUUUAAGCCUGAGGAAGAUAAUUUAUACUCCACAUCGAACCUGAUUAUUAGGUCAUCCGAUAAGACAAAUUUGACUCGAGAUUAUUUAAAUGAAUCCGGACAAAAUUUAGAUUUAAAUUUGGAGAACAAUUAUCAAUUUUCAGUAAUUGAAUUCAUGGACAGGAACAUAAAAUUACAUUUUAAGAAUUUCAAAUUCGAUCCCAAGAAUAAACUUUACAUGAAAAAUUUACUCUUAUUCCUACUCAAGUUUGAGGAACUGUUCCAAAGUUUACUAACAGUAUUGGAAAGGAACUUUAACGAGUCAUAUAGGAUGUACACAACCGAAAGUUUAGUCCUGAGCAUAAAUCCAAAUAGUGAGUUUAACCAUUUCAAGUGCAAGUUUCGUGAACAUUUUAUAAAAAACAGCAAUAAUAUAUUUUUUAAUACAAUUUUUGAUGAUUUGUUCAUUGAUGAACAUUUACCGAUUUUGAAUGUUUUAUUACUUUCACAUAAAUAUGCCAAUGAGAAUAAAGUGUUCUUCCCACUUAAAAAUUACACAAAUGAAUCCUCAGAUGAACAAGAAAGUAAAUCUAACACCUCUAACCCUAAGCUUGAUGAUUUUAGUAAAAGCCACUUUGAAAGGUUUAAUAUAUCAAUAACUGAGAUGACUAAUAAUGUAAUUUCUCAUAUUAUGUUCGAUUACAUAUAUCAGGCGCUAAAGAUUUUGAGAUUUGUUCUGGAUAAUUUGUUGCUUGGAAAUGAUGUGAUUGAUGAGUCAAUUAAGGAUUUCACAAUACUACUUUCGGAAGUAUUGCAGGAUGUCAACCUUUUGACAAUUUCCCGUACUCCAGAAACAGCUAACCUGAAUAAAGAUUUGGAUAAGGUAAUUAAUACGUUCCUUAAUAAUUCAGAUUUCUCAAUUCUAUCAAGUGUAUACAAAUUCAAGUUUAAUGCCUCAAGAGAUAUGUGUCUGAAGCUGUUUACACUCCAUAUAGUUCAAGCGUUGUUUGAGUACAAAUCCGAGUACUUGAUUGAUAAGGAAAUCUUGACGAAGUUCUAUGAGGACCUGAAGCGCCAAAUUCUCAUCAUUUUCAAGAAGAAUUUGGACCUGUUUAUAAUGCAGUCGGUGUGGGAAAAGGUCUUAAAUGUAACAUAA